AGAAUAGGAGCUCAGGGAGAACAGGUCUGUGUCCUCUCAGUAGGAAGAGCGAUAUAUGACUGCUUAAAGAGGAGCAAAACGAAGAAGAAGAAGAAGAAAGGGGAGACCCCAGUCUCCUUCACCUGAAGCUGCACUAGUGCUCUGAGGAAAGUGAGACCAAGUAGAAGAUGGAAGAAGCGGCUCAGGACACAGGCAAAAUGACCAGUGAAGAGGCUCAGUGUAGCCACACCGACCACAAGACCAGAGAGCACCCUGCCUCCAAACUCAAACUGUUUAUUGUGGCACUUUCCUUCGCCUAUUUCUCCAAGGCCCUUGCAGGAACCUACAUGAAGAGCUCCAUCACUCAGAUAGAGAGGCGCUUUGACCUCUCCAGCACACACAUUGGUCUCAUAGACGGCAGUUUUGAGAUGGGCAACUUGUUGUUUCUAGCUGUGGUCAGCUAUUUUGGUGCUAAGCUGCAUCGACCCCGGCUCAUCGCGGCCGGCUGUUUCCUCAUGGCUGUGGGGGCCUUUCUUACCGGCCUCACGCAUUUCUUCAUGGGACGCUACAAGUAUGACACUGUGAUUCAGGCCUUUCAGAAUGACAGUCUGAGCAUUGCUGCCUGUGUGGAUCCUCUGAAAACGCUGGAUCACAUGCCAGAAAUUCAAUUAGAGCCUUCUUUGGAAGAUAACAAAGUCUGUGCAAGAGAGUCUGGUUCCAGCAUGUGGAUGUACGUAUUCCUGGGGAACGCUUUGCGGGGAAUUGGAGAAACCCCAGUCACACCUCUGGGCAUCGCCUACAUCGAUGACUUUGCUAAAGCUGAAAACUCCCCCUUUUAUAUUGCUUGUCUCCAGACCAUUACUCUCCUGGGUCCCAUGUUUGGAUUCCUCCUGGGUUCCUAUUGUGCCAGACUAUAUGUUGACAUUGGAUAUGUUGAUAUGGAGAGCGUGACCAUCACUCCUAAAGAUACCCGCUGGGUGGGUGCUUGGUGGAUGGGUUUUCUUGUGUCCUCUGGCCUCCUGCUUGUCUCCAGCAUUCCCUUCUGGUUUCUGCCCCGCUCACUGCCCAAGCAGGAGGGUGAAGAGAACCAGCCAGCUCCUGUUUGUGAAAUCCUGAAUGGGACAGAGGAAGCACAAAACAACAACCACAACCUCAAACUGACUGAAAUUGCAAAAGGGUUCCUUCCAUCACUGAAGCGUCUGUUGGGAACUCCUACUUACUUCCUGCUUCUUUGUGGGAACAUCCUGAAAUUCAACACAUUCAUCGGCCUAAUCACCUUUAAAGCCAAAUACAUGGAGCAACAGUUCGGACAGUCCGCAUCCAGAGCUAACUUCCUCAUAGGUGUUCUGAACCUGCCAAUAGUGGCAAUAGGGAUCUUCCUCGGAGGACUGUUGAUGAAGAGAUACAAGUUGAGUGUGGUCUCAGGAGCCCAGCUUUCUUUUGCAACAUCCUUUAUGUCCUAUCUCCUCUUAUUGCUGCAGUUUGGCACCAAGUGUGAUAACAUACCCAUAGCAGGGCUCACUGUGUCAUACAAUGGGACACAGAGUGUAUCAUCCAGCAGAGAAAUGCUCUUCUCUGAGUGUAACAGCAACUGCUCCUGUUCAGCAGAGGAGUGGGACCCCGUUUGCUCGGACAGCGGCAUCACUUACAUCUCCCCAUGUCUGGCUGGCUGCCUCAGCUCCAGUGGACACGGCAAAAACACUGUCUUUCACAACUGCAGCUGCGUGUCCACCUCCUUUCCAGCAGGGAGCAGUAGGUCAGUGAGGCUGGGCCAGUGCCCUCAUACCAAGGACUGCAGCCGAAGCUUCACCUCCUACAUGGCUAUAUCUGUUCUUAGCUCCUUUAUCAAUGCACUGGGAGCCACACCUGGCUAUAUGGUUAUCAUACGAUGCAUCACACCGGAGCUCAAAUCCCUUGCACUGGGUAUGCAGACCUUGGUAACUAGGACACUUGGUGGAAUUCCUGCACCAGUGUAUUUUGGAGCCUUGAUUGAUUUGACUUGCCUUAAAUGGUCUAUGAAGAGUUGUGGGGGCAGAGGGGCAUGUCGUACUUACAACUCUGAUAUGUACAGGAUAAUUUUCCUGAGUCUGAUCACUUGUAUCAGUGGUUCCUCAUAUUUUUUUGUCAUUGCCGUGAUCAUCCUUCUCAGGCGACAGUUCCGGAAGCCAGAGCAGCACACAGACAAGCAGGAGCAACAAGUAUCAAAGGAUUUUGAACUAAAGACACCAUUAAACCCCACUGAGGAGACAGCUAGUCCUGAAACUCCCAAACCACCUCAAGCUGCAAAAAUUUGGGUAAAGAUUGCAACAGACUUGGAGGAAGGAGGGGAGGUCCACGCAAUGGAACAGCUCCCCCAAAAUGAAGGAUUCAUCUCUACAAAUAAUGCACAGGAGACUAAAUAUCUGACAGAUACCCACACUGAGGUCUUUCAUUUGUCUUCUAACGGAGCAAACAUAGAGAUGGUUGGUAAAGAAACCAUUGAACACAAAGUAUUAGAGAAGCAAGACGAUCACACUGAUAACAAGAGCAAGCUGGAGAAAGAGAGCGACCAAAGAAACUGAUGGACCACAUAAGUACUGUGUUCACCAGUGUGCGCACAAUCAAACCGGAUAAGCUGGACUAGUCCUAAAGUUUGUCCAAACAGGACCUUUUUCUGAGCUAUAUCAUGCUCUGUGCAGCUGUGAUAUUCAGUGUUGGGUGUGACAUAUUACAAAGUAACAAGUAUUUGAGGUUUUUCAGUUCACAAAAUCAAUUAGCCACUUUUUUCAAAUAAGUAAUCUGUUACUGUUAAUAAUGUUUUGUUUCACAAUGUUUCUGGCUCCCUCCAACUCCCUGGCUUCCAGCUACGUACUAGUUCAACGUAUCCAGUUGUAGAACCAGUCAGCUCAGCUAGCAUCAUGGCAGAUAUGAUGACCUUUAUAUUGCAGAAGUAUUUGCAUUAAUAUGUACCACUGUGAUAAUUAUUAUCUGCCAGCUAUUAAGGAGCUCUGUGUCACAUUUUGAAAAUCUUAACUGUGGUAAGGCCCGCUAAGGACAGCCUGUGAAAACGUAGGUAUUGGUCAUUUCUGCAGGCACGAAUUACGACCAACAUUUACGUUUUGGAAGGGGGGGCAGCGACAUCUAGUGCGUUUAAAUAAUGUGUUCGGUUUUGUCUGGCAGACCCCAAUAGAAGAUGUAAGUAUUGAUUUCGUCACAUUUGUUAUUCAUGUACGGAAGUCAUUAUUUUGCUGUGGGAUAGUUUGAAAUGACAGCCUGGGAGCGAACCAUCAACCUUCCGAUUGAUAAAUUACUAUUCUAUCCUCCGAGCCACGGCAACAUUACACAAGAACAUGUCCAUACGACACGUGAAGCCGGAGGUAGGUGUGGUCAUUUGGAAAUGUAAAUAUAGGUCAUAUUUCGGGGCCCUGCAGAAACGACGGAUGCUUACGUUUUGAUUGGAGGACACGUUGGCUAAGGAAGAGAAUGACGACCAUGCUGCCGCUCCAAAACUGCAACAGCUAGCUUUUAGCUCAGCUAAAGCUAUCACUCCAAGGGAAACUAACAAGCUUGCUGCUGGGUCUGUGAAAAUGAAGACGUUACCGCUAUCAACGCAUUAAUCAGUGAAGUACAGUCAGUACAAUCAGAGGUAGAAG